UAUCGAAAUUACGGGAAACUUGGAGGAGCUAUCCGGUAUUUACUACUGCAAGCCAUAGCCGCUCUAUUUUUGCUCGCACUUGAGAAACUCAAACCAAACUCACCACGAAAAUCCAGUGGUGUACUGAUGUGUCUAGGUUUCGCUGCUGCUUUGCUUCCUACUCACUCUCUCUAUCAUCUAUUCAAAGUCUACUCCCUCUCUGUAUAAUUUCCUUGUGUUCUAGGGUUUGUUGACAAAGGAGAGUCGUCGAUAUCAGCAUCAGGAGCAGGGAUGGCGUCUAAUCCAGCUAAUUUGUGGGUGUUGUUGGGGCUGGGGAUAGCAGGGAUUCUGUUAAUGACGAAGAAGUUCAAGAAGGCGAUUAGAGAAGACUUUGGCGCCUUCGUACAGAAGCUACAGCUUCUACCUCCUCCUCAGCCUGCACCUCCUAAAGCGCCUCACCCUCUCACCGGCCUCACCUUCGCCGUCUCCGACAUAUUUGAUAUUGAAGGAUACAUAACUGCUUUUGGUCAUCCAGACUGGGCAAGAACACACGAUGCGGCUUCUAAGACAUCUCCUGUGGUUUCAGCUCUUGUUGAAGGUGGCGCCACUUGUAUUGGGAAAACUGUAUUGGAUGAACUGGCUUAUAGUAUCAAUGGGGAAAAUAAGCAUUAUGGCACACCCACAAAUCCUGCGGUGCCUGCAAGAAUCCCAGGUGGAUCCUCUAGUGGUGCUGCUGUGGCUGUAGCUGCUAAUCUUGUUGACUUCUCCUUGGGUGUAGACACUGUCGGUGGUGUGAGAGUUCCUGCUGCAUUUUGUGGUGUUAUAGGAUUCCGACCAUCAUGUGGGGUUGUUUCUCAUAUCGGAACUUUACCUGUUGCAGAAAGCCUUGACACUGUUGGUUGGUUUUGCAGAGAUCUGAACAUCCUAUGUCGUGUUGGCCAUGUCCUGCUGCAACUUCCAUUUGCAGCCCAACGUAGCCCGAAGCCAAUCAUAAUGGCCGAUGAUUGUUUUUCACUUCUAAAAAUUCCUGCUGAUAGGAUUGCUCAAGUGGUGAUUAAAUCAACUGAGAAGCUUUUUGGAAGACAAGUACUGAGGCAUGAAAAUCUUAAUAACUAUCUCACUUCUAAGGUUCCAAGCUUGAAAGAGUUUCAAAGCAUGGAGACAAAUGGUGAAGUAAAAAAUUCUUCAAUAAGAAUGCUUGGGAAUGUUUUGCGGUAUCUUCACAUGCGUGAAUUCAAACAUAAUCAUGAGGAAUGGAUUAAUGAGGAAAAGCCUGUUCUCGAGCCUGCCAUCUUAGCACAGAUUCAUGAAGUUCCUGAAGCUUCAGUCAUAGUCAAAUCAAUUAGGAAUGAAAUGCGAUCAGCUAUCAACACUCUCUUGAAGGAUGAUGGGAUCUUGGUCAUCCCUACCACAGCUUAUCUUCCUCCUAAACUUGGUGCCAAGGAGAUUUUAUCCGAUGAUUACCAAAACUGUGCAUUCAGUCUGUUGAGUAUUGCUAGUCUAUCGGGCUGCUGUCAGGUUACUGUACCACUAGGUUAUCAUGACAAGUGCCCUGUUUCAGUGUCCUUUGUAGCCAGACAUGGGGGUGAUAGCUUCUUAUUGGAUACCGUGCAGACCCUGUAUGCAUCUCUUCAAGAGCAGGCUGAUAUCAUUUCCAAUUCUAAAUUAUCUAGCAACACUGUCAGCCAGGAACAAUCUGCUGAAAUUGCUAAAGAAAAGGGCAACCAAGCUUUCAAAGAGAAGCAGUGGCAGAAGGCCAUCAAUUAUUAUACGGAGGCUAUCAAACUAAGCAGGAAAAGUGCAACCUAUUACAGUAACAGGGCUGCAGCAUACCUUGAACUGGGAAGUUUCCUACAAGCAGAGGCAGAUUGUACUAAAGCCAUCAGCCUUGAUAGAAAGAAUGUAAAAGCGUAUUUAAGGAGAGGCACAGCGAGAGAGAUGCUUGGCUAUUAUAAGGAGGCAAUUGAAGAUUUUAGCUUUGCAUUGGUGCUUGAGCCAACCAAUAAAAGAGCAUCCUUGUCUGCUGAGAGAAUAAGGAGUUUGUUUCAGUAGUGAUUGAAGUGUAAACAAGUUCUAAGAGGUGAUAAGGCACAUAAUCCUUUCUCAACCUCUAAACCCUUUGUUCAUUAUUUUGCAUUGGAGGGACCCCACCAGAAGAUUGAUGCUCACUGUAAUCUCAGUAGCUCGACCAACUUGAAAUCCUCUUGGGUGUUCUCUGCUGAUCAGAGGCCAAGUCUUUCUGUGAAGGUUUAGAGCUGUGAAAAGCAUUUGUUUCAUGAUCUGAGCACCAUUUUUGCGAUAGUGCUGUUUGUGAUUGCCCUGAAUAUGUAGGUAUAAUCCAAUUUUGUUUAUUUUAGUGGUCUACAUUUAGGCUGUAAUUUUAUUGUUUGAGGUAUCUUGAUAAGAGUAUUAGCUAUGAACAUUUAAUUAAUUUUUACCAUAAUGCUUACUCGUAAUUGUAAGUUGGGCUUCGAUAAGAGGCCCUACCACAGCAAUUUUUUUUGUUGUUUUACGCAUGAAGAGAUUGCCUUUCAUGUACAUUUCUGUUCAGAGUUGGAAGAUGAUCUGGAGAAGGUACUUGGAAGAA